AUGCGGUGCGUCGAGGACGCGGUCGACGCGCGCGAGGCGGAGGCGGGGACGGCGACGCUGCGCGACGAGCUCGCGUUCGCCGAGGCGCAGACGACGAAAAAUCCAAAGAAUUAUCAAGUGUGGAAUCACGCGAGAAUGGUGCUCGAACGCGCGGAUGCCGCGGGUGCGUUUGAAGGAUUACGAGACGGGGCGUUCGCGCACGCGAACGCGGCGCUGAUGCUGGAUGGGAAGAACAUACACGCGUGGUCGCAUCGCGCGUGGCUCGUCGAGCGAUGCGACGCGUGGGAGGAAGAGAUGGCGUUCACGGAGGAGAUGCUGGCGGAAGAUUGGAUGAAUAACAGCGCUUGGAACGCGCGGUUUCAGUGCGUGAUGGUGUGCUUGGAGCGAGGAGACGUGGGGGUGUUGGAGCGGGAGGCGGCGUUCGCGACGACGGCGCCGCGCGUCGACGACGACAACGAGAGCGCGUGGAAUUAUCUUCGCGGUCUGUGCGCGAUCGCGGAGCGAGAUGGGAGCGCGAUACCGCGCGACGUCGCGAACCGCGUCGUCGCGCUCGCGAUCGACGCCGCGCGAACCGCCGCGGCGCCCGCGCCGUCGCGCGUGCCGUCGCGUCACGCCGCGCUCCUGCUCGCCGACCGCGUCGCCGCCGAAGCCGUUCGCGACGCCGACAUCGGUCGCGCCGCGAGCGCGGAGUCGAUGUUUAGAAACUUAGCCACACUCGACCCUUUGCGCGGGAACUAUUAUCGCACCCGCAUCGACCGCUUACGAGCGGCGUUGGCCUAG